AUUUCGAAAUACAGAUAAGUGUGUAAAAGAUACAAACAGUACUCUAACUUUAUCACUUCUAAAGAGACAUAGCUUAACUACAAUAAAGACUGGCAAAUAACACUUCACCACUCUCGACGGCAUAAAACAAGCAAGCAUACGAGAAACGACGAGCAGACAUCUGGAUUGAAAAAACUGAAUUUUUUAAUUCAACCAAAAUUCGUGGACUUGUGUUGCCAAAAUGAAAUCUCAUAUGAAUUGGACUAUACUUCUCCUCUCGACUUUACUUAUACAAGCAAAUGGACAAGAACCUCCGAAUGAAAAUGGAAAGACAAAUGUCAAUCCUGCCAGCGUCAAACCGCAACCAAGACAAAAUGUAGACUCGGAGCAGACUCCCACAGGAACACCCGUCAUUCCGAUGGCGACAAUCAAAUUUAAAACAGCAACAACACAGCAGCCCACAAUUCCGACGCCUGCUGGAUCAUAUGGGGAAAGUAACACGGGACAAGCUCUCGCGUCUUUAGUGUUCAUCGCCGUCGUUGUAUCAAUAUGCGUCGUAGGCUGCAUUGCGUUCAUCGGUGGAGCGUAUUGCUGGUACAAGCACGCGGGCUUGUCUCCAGCUGCACGUCGUGUUUUUUAUCGGACUUCCGAUUCGAGUGUUCUAAUUCACAAUGAAUACCGACCCAUGGGAGAAACCAGUGAACCGAAUAGUCACGUGACACCGAACAACAAUAUGUCAAGGUUAGCAGAGAAGACCGAUUACCCAGCGUAUGGAGUGACAGGGCCGAAUCCUCUAAGGCAGUCUUAUAAUAAAGGACCGCCGAUAGACGGAAACCUCAAUCGAAGUGCUGAAGUCUACCAUUACCAACAACAAAAGCAAAAGUUGAAAGCCAUAAGCAGCGCAUCAAGCGAAACGAGUGGACGAUCACGCCAAAGCACAAGCGAUACAUUGAACGACCCCAUAACGUCGUCAGACGGUCAUGACAAUGACGAAGAGAAUAGCGACGGAGAAUACACUGUGUAUGAAUGUCCUGGAUUAGCUUCGACUACAGACGAGCCGAUGGAAAUUCACAAUCCAUUAUUUGCCGAUUCCGAGUCAUCGUCACUUCCUAUAACGAAUCCAAACACUAGUGGCGGGAUAUCCGUGUCGGAAAUAUAACUAUUCAGCAACAAUAGCAAAUCAGGCUAACUUCGGACUGAGUCGUCAUAAAUAAUGCCGUAAAAGAGCACGUCCACAAACCAUGACGUCAUUGAACGUAAGUAUUACGUCAUUGGGACGUGAUACAGUGACGAAACAAUCCAUCUAAAUGCACGAACUUUUUAUUGAAAGACGCAAAAUUUCCAUGACUUUAAUUUUUUUUAGUUUUAGUUCUGUUAUGCUUGGCGUUUCGGGAUUAUUAUAGCUUAGCUGAGCGCCGAGAAACACUGUUGUUCCGUGUGUACUCCCGAAGUAUGUGAACCAAGAUGGCGGACAACGGAACGUAGUAUGUGUACCAGGUUAGGGUUAGGCCAUAAUUUCAGAUACAAAUACUACGGGAGUCACUUGGCUAGUCCCUGACCAUUAUGGCCUAAUUCUAACCUGGUACACAUGCUACGUUCCGGUGUCCGCCAUCUUGGUUCACAUACUUCAGGAGUACUGUUCCGCGAGCUUCUUCAAACAGCAACCGAAAUUCGAUCGUCGUGGCGAUCUCGGUCGUACUUCUGCAAGUCUGGGUGUUAAAUUUUCUCCCAACUGGCGACAAACAGGCGAACAGGCCCCUUGCUAAUUUCGAAAACAUGACGUUUUCGUUAAUAAUCAAUUUCUAAUGUUUAUUUGUUUUUGGCGCGAUCGGGCACCAGUGCAAUUUUUAGAUACUGCUUGUUUUUAGAUAAUAUAAUAUAGAUUUCAAAAUUUCCCUUUAAUAUAUAUUUUAGCUACGGUGUAGUAUGUGACCAACACCCAUCGACUAAUCAAAAUGUCUUAAGAACUAUACCGGGAUAAUGAGGGUUAUUGGGUCACGCCUUCCUCUCACAAACAACAACGGCUAAUAUGACGUCACGUUUGUUACUGUGACGUAAAUAUAAAAUAGUUCAUCAUUUUAUGACGUUUUGUUUUUUUAGGUGCUAUGACGUAGAAAAAAUAUGACAUCAUAGAAUGACGUCAUAUUGUUUCCAUUUUUCAAUAGUUCUCUCCCAAAAUCCCGUACGCCACUGGCAACAAGGAUUGAAAACCAUAAGCUAGAAUAGAAAAGCUUCCGGAGGUCACAUAUUACGGCGGUGCUUUUUAUUUUUAUAGCUUGGAUUUAUUGUGCUGUUAUUUAAUUCUUUGGUGAGUCCAGCAGUUGCCUAUUCUGUUUUCUUAUCUUUAUUAGGUGUUGGCGAUUGAAUUUUUUAAUUCCGAUUCCGGAUAGUUACCUAAUUUUUCGACUACUUAAAUUAAAAAUUUCGACUCCAGCCACAACCUUCUGAAUCCUAUGAAUUUGGCACCUCUCACCAUUAUCUUAAAUUUUUAUCCCACAAUGAUUUUUUAAAAUUAAAAUUUCAAUUCCGGAUAUUUAGAAACUUGACUCCAAAUUUGGAAUGUUUUUGAAAUUACAACCCAAAUCAAAAUACCACAACUUUGUUCCUCAUCAUGUAAAACUCGACAUUAUUUUUAAUUGUUUUUUUAAGAAGUAUAAAUUUUAAAUUUAUUCUAUUUCUUGCUUUUUUUGUAGUGAAACGUGCAAUACGUUGAUUAGUUUUAGUUUUACUGUAGCAGACGGUGCUAGAAACUUUAGAAAUAUUUGAGCCAUUUUGAAAAAUUGUUAUUGUUGUUACUUGAAAUACUUGGAUAAAAAAUUUGGCUUUUUUUUCACUGAUGGACCUGAAAUUCUAGAAGAAAUUCUAAGAACUUUCCAUUUAUUAGAUUAAUUUGUUUACAAAAUGUCUUACUUCCUGGAAAAAUUGUUGUUGCUGAAACAUAAGUUUCAUUUCAACCACUAAUAUAAUUCAAAUUUCAGUUUGCAGUUAUGAAAAAUUUAGUUUCAGAUUAUUUACCUGUGUUUGACUGGAACUCAACCCCCCAAAACGCAAAAAUAACAGCAAAAGUACUUUUACUCAAGGUUAGCGAUUGGGUCAUAGAUUUUUGUCGGUGGACCAUAUAACCAGCUUCGGACAUCUAGCUGAGUUACACAAAAAAUAACAAGAAAAGGCAAGAGAAGAAAUGUAUUUUAUGUAGUUCUCACUUUUCGAUCUAUAUAUGACAUUUUUCAGCUGCUGUUUUCAGAUAUUUUAUCAUUUAUUGCUCAAAGCUUUAAAAUAUUUUUUAAAAACCAAACUUUACGUUCCGAUUAUAUAAAAACCGACUCCAUUGCUUGAUUAUAUUUUCCCGUGUGUCCAUACUUAAAACUUUAACAAUUAUUAUUGGGUGGAUUUUUAGCUACACGUCGUGACGACUUUUUAUUGUUGUUCCAGUAGACUUUUUCCAACUACACGUCGUGACGAUUUGUUUACCUUGCACUGCACUGUCACGUGAUAUUUUAAAACCUGUUGCAAUAAAAAACACAAGCUCU